AUGCCACCGCCUCGUUCUAGGUUUAAAGAAGUAAUAACUAAGGAAAAAUCGAGUCAAGGCAGAAUGAGCGCGUCUGCCUCGAAACCAACCAAUACCAACAUAAUAAACACUAACACUCGCGCUCAUACUCCCAUCGCCACGACUACCACCAGUAGCAAUAAAAAAAGCGGUAUGACGGCUAUGGCAAUAAAGGAAAAUCCUUUACUUCGGGGUUCUUCAAAACCCACGGUAACGAGCAAGACGACCGCUGCCUCAAAUAAAAAGCAACAGCCUACUAGUCCUCAUCGUCCGACAACUCCUUCGGGCAAGAACUUUAUUGAAAGAAACAUUCAACUUGCUGGUUCUAAAACGCCGCCACCACCACCACUUUCGCCAACUCGAGUCUCACGUACACCUUCGCCUGACUCAUGCUCGUCGCCAAUCAGGAAAACUGAGGCCUCAACAGCAGCAGUUGGCACGAAACUUGCCGUAGGAACAAUGAAGGAUAGUAGUAAGAAGAAAUCAGCUAUCAGUCCUAAUGCUACUAGUUGCGCUGCAACGAACCGUUCUUCCAAUAACAGCGCCACCACUCCGUCCUCUCCACUUGAAUCUGCUCUCCUCCAGGAAAACAAAAAACUCAAAAUGUUUUUGAAUGAACGCUCUCAAGAACUACAUGACGCUGAAGUGGAGAUUCAAGAAUGCGAAGAAAUUAUUUUGGCUUUACAAGAACGUGUUCGUCAAGUUGAAGCUCGCAAUCGCGAAUUACAAAUUGAAAAUGAGACACUACGUGAUAAAGUUAUUGAGCAAGAAUCACAAAAAUCUUCCACCAGUAUUCUUUCGGCUAUCAUGAAUAAUACUCAACGAAUUCGUGGUGAACCUUUGAAUGAAGAGAACAAUGUGAAAGUUGCUCCCGCUCCAAUUUCAACUCCUCAACAAUCGGUAUUGUCCACUUUGAUUGCCCCCAUUGCUAAAGUUAAUCCCUUGACUCCUGCUCCUGUCUCUGUUCAUGAUUCCUUCCAACAGUCUGCUCCUUCACAAAUCGAAUCCAAAGCUCUUGUUCAACCACCAUCUUCGGCUGCUUCUUUCGUUGAUCAACCGCGUAUUCAACCGUCUAAAAUGGAAUCCCCGCUAAAACCGGAAAUGUUUGAUACACCCAUGAUCCUCGAUCGUCAAGCUCUUAAUAAAGCAAAAGCUACAGCUGCUGCUUUAAAUACGGUUAUGGAAGAAACAGACGAUAGUGAUGACGAAUUCUCAGUCGACGGUGAUAAAAACGAGUAUAAUCGAGACGUCUUCUCUGAUAAGGGCAUUCAUUCUUCUGUCUCAUCUUUUGAAGAAGACAAUUAUGAAGAUAAUGAAAAGGCUCAUGUAAUAUCCAAUGUGAUGACUAAUUCCGCUCGUAAUGAAAGAUUCUCACUAUCUGAAGACAUCAAAAUCUGGAAAUCCAAUCAUUCGGCUAAACUUAAUGAUUUGAAUGUUAUCAUGGAGGAGGAUGAGGAAGAAGAGGAGGAUGAAGAAGAUGAUGAAUUUGAACUUCCUCCUAAUCUUCUUAAUAAUCCCAAACAACAUCUCGACCAAAUCUCUUCUGUUGCAAUGAGUUCUUCAAUUGAUCAACCCAAAGCUUUUUUUCCUGCACAAAAGUUAAAACCAAUCAUCCAAAUCACUCACGACAAGGCCAACUCCUCUGAUUCUCCCUCUUUUGAAAUUACAAAACAACAACUUGCUAACAAUCAACAACUACUUACUGAUUCGGACAAUUCUUCUGAACAAUCCCUUAAUGUCGACUCUCAUAAUAUUGGUGGUAAAUCUUCUUUUGGUAAUAACCCUGUAGUCUCUAAUCCAAAACCGGUCAUUCCUCAUCAUCUUGCGGACUUUCAACAAUCGAUCAACGGCAAUGAACAAUCCACUCAACACAAUAAUAAACUCGCUUUAGAAAAAUCAUCCCAAGAUUAUUUUUCUUGUCUUCAUGAAGCUACAACUGUGAAUCCAAUCCAUCGUGAAUCUUUUUCUUCGGUUAAAUCUGAUGAAUCUGAUAUGUGGUCAACUCCUUCGGCAUCUUCCUCUCAACAUGAAUACUAUUCUUCUUCGGCAACAUCUCGUUCUACUACCCGCACUACUCAAUCUACAAACUCGAUCUCUGCUUUUGGCUCAUCUCCUCAACGAUCUCUCCAUUAUAACACUAAUGAAAAUGAAAACAACCCCUCUCAUGCAUCUUUGGCUGCCUCUUAUACGGACAAUCCUCUUCAACAAUUUAAUCCAACUGAUGAAUUUUAUCACUACUCUCAAAACCGUGUGGCUCAAAAUAAUUCGGCUUACCCUCAACAACAAAUUAAUUCAAAUCUCCCAUCUACUACUGGCCUUAACUCUAACGAUUACUCCACUUCUGCAAGAUCCCAAUCUCAACAAUCAUUCUCUUCUACGUCUGAUAUCCAAUCUUCGGUUGCCUCCUCUGAAUAUUCAAUUACUCCAACCCCAGUUAAUGAUCGACCUUCAUCUCCGAAACACUUGUUUAAUCAAUCAUCUGCUAAAAACUCACCUCAAUUGUCCAAUCGUCGUAUGGUUUGCCCUAAUGAUUCUUCUCAACUUUCGACCUCGCAUGUUCACUCUCGUCUUUUGUCGCCAACAUCGGUAUCUCCAUCUCGUCCUCGUAAUCCAACCCCAUUGACUGCUGCAACAUCUUCCCCUUCUUCAACGUCAUCCUCUUCAACUGGUCUUGCUAACUCAACUGAUAACACAUCUCAAACCUCUGCAACGUCUAUCUCUUCUGCUGUUCCAUCGUCUGCUUUAUCCAACUCAACAACUUCUCAGAACUGUACACCGGCUCUUAACUCUGUUCGAUCUGCUCCACUAAGUCAAGAUGAAACCCAAUCUGCUGAUCAUGCAUUUAGUCCUCCAACUCCUCCAGAAACUAAUGAUUCGAUGGCUGUAUUCAAACAUUAUCUGCGUCUCUUGUCGGAAACUUGCUCUCGUAAUAGUCCAUUAAACUACUAUGAACUCCAAAAAUAUAUUGAUGAAGGAUCCUCGGCUAAAGUCUAUUCUGCAACUUCGCUGAAAACUCGAGAAGAAUUGGCUAUCAAAGUUGUCCCGUUGACUUAUUCUCUUGAAUUCAUCUUUAACGAGAUUUACGUCCUCAAAAAUCUCAAACACAAAAAUGUCGUCGGUUUUAAGGAAAGCUUCUUGCGCUGGGACGGAAAAACACGUGAAAUUUGGACCGUAAUGGAAAAAUGUGCCCGUGGUGAUGUAACAAGCCGUGCUGGAAAUAUCUCUCAGAAGGAAGUAGCUCGUAUUGCACGUGAUAUCUUGAAUGGAUUGAAACACGUACACGAAGCCGGCAUUAUUCACCGUGACAUUAAACUCGAAAAUAUUUUGAUGGCAGCAAACAAUGAUGUUAAAAUCGCUGAUUUUGGUGUGUGCUCAUUAACACCAACUUCUACUACUGGAAUGGUCGGAACAAUUCCUUAUAUGGCUCCCGAUGUGGUAAACGUUAACGAAAAUAAUCCCUACUCAACCAAGGCAGAUAUUUGGUCGUUAGGAAUUUGUGUUCUCGAAUUGCUAACCGGAAAGGCAGCGUGGGGACGCCUUAGUGAUACCGAAAUUUUUGCUAUGCUUAAACGUGGUGAAAAACCGCCAACUUUCGGUCGUUUGCGCAAAAAGGCAGAUAUUGGAUGGGAAGCUGUAGACUUCUUGGAAAGAUGCUUCGCUAAAAACAGCGAGAACAGAUGUUCCGCUGAAGAAUUAUUGCAGCAUCCAUUCAUUACUAGUCUUCUUGCCUAG